AUGGGUAAUGUCAUUGCAAAGAAACACAGAUUGGAGUCACACUUCCAUUCGAAGGGGCAUUUAAAGCAUUUUAACAAACAGUCUCCUUCAGAUGUCAUUUCAGAGAAUGAAUGCUUAGACUGUAAUCUUAAUAGACUUCAAGUUGAUAUACAAAAUUGGACUGGACUUACAAAGUCAUCCAUAUUAUAUGACUCAAGACUCGACGGGCUCAAUGGAAGAGUAUUAAAUUCAAAGGUCAGCUGCCAUCAAAAUGUCCUCUUUGUGUUCUCCACCAGACAUGGAGUCUUUGGAUGUUAUCAUGAAAGUGCUAUCUCGCCAUCUACUUCACAACCCAAGAAAUCUUCGUCACAAAAUUUCUUCCUCUUCUCGAUGAACAAAAAUUGCUCUUACAAGCUCAAAAAAGUCGGCCAGUCGGCCUCAUUAUCAAUUUACCCCAAAAACUCGGAUAAUUUGAUCAUGACCGUGUUCAGUGCUUUUUGGAUGAAUUCAGAAGGCAUCGUCCAGAUCCACCCGUCUCUCAGAAAGGAGUUUGAGCUUCCUAAUAUCACAAAUCCACUCUUCGGAGGAGCAGUCUCAAAGAAAACAAAGGUCGACUUUAUGGUUGCUCUUCAACUUGAGUAA